AACCCGGAAGUAGGGGGUAAACCCUGUGCACUUGAAUGCAGCAUAUGGUGAUCAUGAAGCCUGGGGGACUUUCGUAAGAGCUGAACGUGAUCCAGGUCGCUGCUGAGGCUUUAAGACACGACGUGCAAACCAAAAACAGAGAUUUAUUCCAAAGUAGAAAUGGUUCGGUUGAGGAUAUUAGCGAGAUUAACACUGUGAUGACGCGGUGCAGUGAGCAGAGAAGUGUGAUCCCUGCAGCUGCGAUGCUCUUCUUGUUUUGCAGGUUGAUUACAUGGUUGAAAUGAACGGUUCCUGCUAUGGCGAGAGGUCUGUUUGCACGGGCCUGGAUCACCAAGUCUUACCUCUUUCACGUCCGGCUGUCGUACGUGCGGGUGAAGUACCUGUUCCUCACCUGGCUGGCGGUGUUUGUGGGGAGCUGGGUGGUGUACGUGCAGUACUCGUCCUACACAGAGCUGUGCCGAGCGCACGAAUGCUACAGCACCAUCUGCGAUAAAUACAGAGCGGGGGUGAUCGACGGCGCUGCCUGCAGCAGUCUGUGUGAAAAGGCCUCGCUUUAUUUCAGGAGGUGUCUCUCCAGCAAACCCAACAAUCAGGUGUACACGGCGAGCUGGGGCGACGUGGAGGCGGUGAUCAGGUGCUGGCCGGGCGACGUGCUGCACUACGAGCUGGGAGAAGAGCUGGAGCCGAGGAAGGAGCCGACGCUUUUCGACAAACCCACCAGAGGAACGUCGGUGGAGAAGUUCAAAGAGAUGGUGCACGGUCACGUGAAGGCGAAGGUCGGAGAGCAGGCCGACCUCACCACGCUGGUCUCGCUGGUCCUGUCGUUUGCGGAUGCCGAUAACGACGGGCGCGUGUCUCUCCCGGAAGCCCGAUCGGCGUGGGCUCUCCUGCAGCUGGACGAGGUCUUACUCAGCGUGGUUCUGCAGGGACGCAGUCACACUCCCAAGCUGCUGGGUUUCUGCGGCGACCUGUACGUGGUAGAGCGAGUCGCAUACACGCCGCUGUACGGCCUCGAUCUGUCGCCGGCGCUCAAACCCUGGAUCACGGCUGUGGUCGGUCGCGGCCUGGACCACUUCUUCGCGCCGUCGUGGCCUCGCAAGGUGAAGAUCUCGAUCGGGCUGCUGGAGCUGGUGGAGGACGUUUUCCACGGGACGUUCGGCUCCUUCCUGCUGUGCGACAUGAAGCCGGGAAGUUUCGGAUACACCGAGCGCUACGAGCUGCGUCUCCUGGACGGGCGACACGUCGUGCCGGAGGAGGCCUUCAGACGUGUCAUGCGAGUUCGGCCGUGCCAGGAAGACUCCGACUGCGUGUACAGCGGCGAGUGUAGGGCAUCGUGUCGCCGGACCGAGCGGCGCUGCGGCGCCGAGCCGAGCCGGACGAACCUGGCUCGGGCCUGCAGCGCGCUGGAGGACUUCCUGCUGCAGGGGGCGCCGGCGAGCCUGCGGGACGAGCUGGAGCGACAGCUGAACGCCUGCAUGGAGCUCACGGGCUCCGGCGAGCAGAUGCAGAUGGAGCACUCGCUCAUCCUCAACAACCUGAAGAUGCUGCUCUGGAAGCAGAUUUCGCACACCAUCGACUCGUAACACCGCACACACUGUGAGCUCGCCGUGUGCUGCUGUGUGUGUGUGUGUGUGUGUGUGUGUGUGUGUGUGUGUGAGGUUUUUUUUUUUUGUUGUUGGUGUCCCACACGCUGACGUAACGAUUGUGUCACUCUUUGAACUCUCCUACUUCCUGUUAUUCUCCGACACGCCGAUCAAAGGUGCUGCUUGUAAUAUUAUGAUAUUUAAAAGCGUUAUUUUUUCCGUUUAUAAUAAUCAUUUGAAUUCAAUUCACCACGCAAGCCAUCUCGCGUACAUAUUUCAGCGUUUCGGUAUUUGCUGGAAAUUAACCCCGCCCCUAUUUAGAAUAGAUUUUCUCGGCUCUGCCCUCUUCCCGUAAAAAAAAAAAAAAAAAAAAAGAAGCAACGUGAAAACUCGCCUCCUAGGCCUGGCGUGCACGAAAACUUCUUCUAAAUCCUUUUGUAGGGCGCUAUUACUUUUGUCUUCACUGAACAGUUGGCGUAAUCUGCAUAUAAAAUCGCAGUAACUCCUCACGAAUUUCAUAGGAUAGGACAGGAUAGGAUAGGAUAGAAUCCCCGCCCCCAAACUAACCUCAUGCUAACGGUUUACGAAUAAAUUAUUUCGUACCAAGCUUGAGAAAUGAAGCCUAAUUAACAUAUUCAAAUUAUUAUUCCGAACGGUUAACAUUUUAAGUGAACCAGGUCACGUUCUGCCCACAGGACAGCUUCGGGACAUUUUCUAUCAUAAACCUGGAUCAAAGUUGAGGCGAUGAUGAUGAUGAUGGUCCGACAACUGGCAUAAAUAUUGGAACAUACUUAAUAGCAGGAGAGUUUAAAUGACGACAGUAUCUCGUCUAACAUCAGCUCAGAGAGUGUGUGUGUGUGUGAGUGUGUUUAACACAUUUGUGCCAUACGCGAGUGAUCACUGAUCAUUCUGGGCUUUUUUUUUUUUUUUUUAAUGAAAUGAAACAAUUUGCAUCCGUUAAUUAAAGAAAAACGCUGAAGGAUGCACUAACGAUGACGUAGAGGUGCGUACGGGACCGGAUUUAAAUUCCCGAUCCCGCUGUAGAACGUUUCUCCGUACGGUAUCUCAAAACGUUAACCUCCAUGACCUCGACCAGGAUAAAGAAAAUGACUGGAAACACGCGUUGCAGGAAUCCACGCCGAACGACUCGGAUAUUCCGAUUCGUUCCGUAUAAUUAACGCGCCAUCUUCGACUGUGCAGCGAAAUGCGACGACGUCGCUCUGUUUUCUUAUCGGUCGCUGGUCAUCUACAAAAACGACAAACACCGUCCCGAUAGCGACAAAGCGGGUUGUUGCCCUCGCGUCAUCUCUACUUACAGAGCGCUGCAGCGGCGCUUUAGUCCUUUAGUCUGUCCAGCUCUGUCGCCUUCUCGUCAGGAUCGGACAACGCCAACGCCAUGGCUUCGUCAUCUCAUACAUCGCCAACUAGCUGCGUUGCAUCCUGGGACGUUUGAACCGACAUGUCCGCCGGAUUUCUCAAUCGAUUUCUUUGCCUAAUAUCAGUUAAAAUAAAUAAAUAAAAAAUUACGCCAAUUUUCAUUUCCAACGCUCAAUUCUAUUGAACUUUUUUUCUCUCGUCCUGUGGAAUCUCGGUCCCGAUGCACACCUCUACUACAAAACUGUGAUGGUCUCUUCCGAGUCACGUCUUGUUUUUUUUUUAACACACUAUUAGCGCUGGGAUCCUCGUUCUGCAUGCUGCCGUUACAGUCCACGUACGACUUACACGAAAAGGGAGAGACGACGUUCUCAAAGCGGAGACGUCGUCCGUGCCGGCUCUACGUCUCUACACGUCUACGCUGUCAGGUUUUUCAGACACGUCUGGAGGGAAGAUAAACCACAGUCUGAUCUCACUCGGGUUUUAGGAUUGGACUCUAUUAGACGUGUUUUUUUUUUUGUUAUGUUUAGUAUUCGCCUCCUGUCCUGUGCCAUCACGUGUUGCUGAACAUCGCCGCUGCUGGUUAAGGAUUAAAAACUGUUCUAUUUUAAAAAGGAAGUAUAAAUGCAUGACUUUGCACAUUAAAGUAUUUUGUCGCA